AUUACGAAGAAACUUGGGGAAUGUUGCGAACUCGUUGUUCGCACGUUCUCCGUGUACUUUCUUCGUCGUUGUCGUUUUUCUCGAUCGUUAGUUAGGCAAGUACGGCACAGCCGUAGCAGCACUGGCUUUACUGGACCAAGAGCUUACCACGCAGUUUAUCUAUCAUUCCUGCCUGAACCGCCAGAAACGAAUGAAUGCAGCGAUAAUUGAGUAGCACUAAUGCGCGCCGCUCGGUAACAGCAGUGUGAAGCGGCAAUAGCAAGACCAGUAUCUAUGCCGAACACGCAGCAGCUGUAAAGAAAAUGCUUUCUUUCGUCUACGGAGCGGAUGAAUUCAUUUACGUACUAGGAGCAUGUCUUUUGAACUAUGGCAGUGCGAUUGGUGCUGGGAUGUAUCAAUCUGCCACGGCUGGGGCUCCAAAACAAAUCGCUGGAAAAAGAGAGGCCAGCCACCAUGAUGAUAAGGAAGAAGUUCUGUCCGUGCCGUCGACAGAGCUGCCUCACACCUUGAACUCAGCACCACCCAGCGGUGUUGAGAUUCAGACUGCUGCCACUUCCCAGAAAACAUCCGUCUCUGUUCAGAGCCAGCUGAAUCAAUCAAGCCACGCACCGACUCGACCUGCUAGUCCGAAGCGAGCAAAGCUGGAUUGGACCAGGUGGACGACAGCUCCGCGGAAACCGGAGCAGUCAGAGACCGAAUGGCAAGAAACCCAACUACGAGAACAAAUCCGCAACUUGAAAGUGGUUUUCGAGGACGACGACGAGUCCAUCCUGGAGAUGGCGGACGUUGCUGGUUUAGAUUCAGUCAAGGCUGCCCUCGACGAGUUCGCGUGCUUCUUCCUUCACUUUCCUCACCUGACUAGAAACCUCCGCCAUCGCUCAGCCACGGGAAUCCUGCUCUUUGGACCACAGGGAACUGGCAAGACACUUCUAGUCAAGAGCUUUGCGAAGAAGUACAACCUUACCGUUUACGACGUCCGCGCGAGCGCAAUCAUGUCCAAAUUCGUGGGCGAGUCAGAGAAGUUUGUGAAGGCCCUCUUCAAAGAAGUUAGGGCUAACACCCCAUCGGUUCUCCUUCUUGACGAAUGCGACGGCCUGCUCUGUAACCCUACGAGGGAUACCACCCAGUCGCACAACUACCGCCUACUACAGAACGAACUCAAGAACCAAUGGAGCGACCUCAUGUACUCAAAAGACGAAGUGAUCAUUGUGGGUGUUACGAACAAGCCCCACGAUAUUGACAUGGAUGGAUUUGGCAGACGGUUGUCGCUGAAGCUGCAUGUUGCGCUCCCAAAUGCAACAGGUUGCCAGGCCAUCCUGAAAGGGGCACUUGACAGACUGCGUCACACGCUGAGUGAUGACGAAUUUUCUAAGCUGGGCGCAUUAUGCCACGAAUGCGGCUUGUCAGGUUACGAUAUCGAUUGUCUGGUGGAGGGGCUUCUGCGGAGUUCACUCCGCAAAAUAGUGCUGUCGGCACAUUUCCAACGGCUGGAUUGGGUUGAAGGCACCAUUCUCGUACCAUGUGAUGAAGAUGCCGACGGCGCACUGGAGGGUCCGUAUGCGCACUUGGUUGAGCACGCGGAGGAAGUCUCAUAUCGCCCCUUUACCGUUGAUGAGGUGGAACAUGCAAUUCAUCGCGCAAGACCGACGGUUGACGAAGAGAUGACACAGCAACAUACGAUGUUUGCGAGUCAGUAUGCAACGGAGGAUUGAAGAGCGCGUCGCUUGGCUGGCGUCUAGCAGCAGGACGGAGAGAGAGAGCAGGCAAGCCAUAUCAUUUUAGAAUAGC